AUGGGAACGAAUAGCAUUUUCCCAAAAGUAAAAGAUAUAGGCGAAUGGCAAAGAUUGUGCUCGUCUUACAGUUUCCAUACUCAAGAAGAGUAUAAGCUGGAAUGGUGGUUAGGUGUCAUAGAAAAAUUUUGUGAUAAAAAACAAUCUUUUUUAAUUGAAAUUGACUCGCUUAAAGCUGUUGCUCAGGAAGAGUUUAAAUGUUGGCCUAUUGAGGUUCUUUGUUUACCAAAUAUUUUCAAAGGGUUGUUAAGAAGAAAAAAAAUUGUAAAUUUAAAUUAUAUAAAUAAAUACAUGAUCAAGAUAUGGGAGAACGCUAUAGAAGUAGAAAAGAGACAAUCUAGGUCAAAAGUCUCAAUUGGAUUUGGUUGGGUUCGCUCAAUAAUUGGGGUUUUUUUUAAUGAUGUAUAUUUCUUUGAAACAAGUGAAAAUACUUUAGAAUCAGAUGCAUUCGUAUGCAUUCCCUCAUUGGACAAAUUAUCAAAUAAAUUACUUAACGAUAUAAAUAGAGGAUUAUUAGGCACCAUUUCAAAAAUAACGGGUAUGGAAGAGCUUCUUAUUUUAAAUAAUAAAUUCAAAGAUUAUUUAAUUAGAAAUUUUGAAUUAUGCGAAACUGCAAAAAAUGUAUUAAAUGAUAUAAUAAUUUGGUACUUUAUUACCUAUUCACCUGGAGAAUGGUUAUUAAAACCGUUUGUUGUUAAUAAGGGAAAUCAUAUUUAUGUUAAUGCUAUUAAAUUCAGUAGGUCACACUCUUCAUUCUCUAAGAAAGAAGUUGAAGUGUAUGAUACAGAUAUUGCAGAUAUUUUACUUAAAAUAACAGAGGAGGAUUUACAAAAAUCAUUAAAAAAUUUGGAAGAAAAAUUUUUAUUUCAUGAUAAUAAGUGCAAAGAAUAUGCUUUAAAUGACCAAAAGCAGCUAGCAAUAAAUCAUCUGAAGCAAAGACAUCAAAUUGAAAAAGCUUUGAAUGAAAUUAAUGAACAGCUCCUUGUAUUAAGCCAAUCAAAAGUUACUCUUGACACUUCAAAUGCAAGAAUUUCUCUACUAAAUGCACUCGAAACUUCUACUAAUGCAACUAGAAGUAUAUUUGACGAAAAUGAAAUCUUGAAAAAAUUGGAAAACAUUAAUCUUAUCAGAGAGGAGGUUGAGGUUACGCAAGAAUCCAUCAACUCAAUGAUAAAAUCAUGCGUUAGAGACGUUUCAAAAAAUAUUGAGACUAUACCUGAUGAUUUAGAGAAAGAAUUGGAUGAAAUUUUACAAAGAAAUACCUAUACGCCUAAUAUUGAAUCAAAUAGUAAAUCUCAAGAAUUUCACAGUGAAUUAGAAACAGAAAAGUAUCAAGCAAUUAACAUUUAA